ACAUAUAUCUUAUGAUAUAUAUAUAUGCAUUAUGGAUAAGAUUUUGGAUAAGAUUUACAGAGCCAUACAAAUGUAUGAUACAUUUUUUUUUGCUAGGAGAAGAAUGUAAUGCUACAGUUAAUAGUAAAUGAUGGAACUAAAAAAUUAGAGUAUUACAGAAGCCAUGAAAUCUUUACUUUCAACCUCACCAACCUCCUCUCUUUACUUCCCACCAAACUCUUCUUCUUCUUCUUCACCAUGGAAACCCAAGAACCCAACAAAGCUCUUCCUCCCAAUAAUGGCCUCAAAAAGCCCAAACCAAAACAGGGGAGCUCAAAGAACAGGUUUAGCCAAUCCCAAAGGCUUUUCCAGUACACCGGUGCCAUCUGCGAAAGAAACUCCGGCAACCCAAAAUGUGGAACCGGAGGAGGAAAUCCCACAAGUUGUUUUCAACAGAAUGAUUGUAAGGAUUUUGGUGUCGGUGGGGGUUCCGAUGGCGACCGGUUUGGGUUUGUUGAAGAUUUUUGAAAUAGGGAAGGAGCAGGGGUUUCUGAUUGUACCGGUUUGGGUAGCGUUGUUGACUACAUUUUUGACUUUUGGGGUUUCUUCUUUUGGGAUUGCUUAUGGAGCUUUGUCUACCAGUUGGGAUGCAGAGAGUAAAGGCUCUCUGCUUGGCUUUGAAGAAGCGCAGAAGAAUUGGGUCGAUAUGUGGAGGGAAGAAGAUGAGAGCACUCAAUGAUAUUGUAUUUGAAUCUAUACAAUAAUACAAAUCUUUACAAAAGAAAAUUACAUUAGGUAGUUUUUUUACAUGGAUGUGUGCUAAUGAAAAUGAAUCCCUAAAAGAGCAUUUCAGUGAA